CCCUGAUUGACCUCUUAGCGGGUCAUUAAGGAAGAACCGAUACCUCUCUCGCGGAGGUUAAGGUUUCGGACUUGUUGGUUCUGCUAUAUCCUCGCUUGGCCCCUUCGCAGGUCAUUCGGGAAGAACCGACAUCCUCCUUCGCGGGGGUCGAGGUUUCAGACUUGGUGGCUCUGCUGUAUCCUCGCUUGGCACCUUCGCGGGUCAUUCGGGAAGAACCGACAUCCUCCUUCGCGGGGGUCGAGGUUUCAGGACUUGUGGCUCUGUUGUAUCCUCGCUUGGCCCCUUCGCGGGUCAUUCGGGAAGAACCGACAUCCUCCUUCGCGGGGGUCGAGGUUUCAGACUUGGUGGCUCUGCUGUAUCCUCGCUUGGCCCCUUCGCGGGUCAUUCGGGAAGAACCGACAUCCUCCUUCGCGGGGGUCGAGGUUUCAGGACUUGUUUUGCCUGGCCAAUUCAAGUCUUCCGGUAUAUUGGGGCGAUAUUGUGUUGUCUUACACUUUGUAGGUCGGUAUAUGUUACCACGUUGUUUACGUGAUGACGCAUACCGUUCUUUCAGUGUGGGACACUCAAAAUCGUCACUCCAAUUGCCCCCGUGGAUGACUUAGUUCGCUCUCUUGUGAGAUGGAUUUUCUGACUCCGUUCUUGUGUUUUGUUACAGUCGAGUUCCCCUCGAGCAGUCUUCCUCCUCAUGCCAAUACUGGUUGUAGCCGGGAGGUCUUCUCUUCAGCUUCCAUCCGGCAGGCCGUCAGUCCACUCCCUCAGUUUGACAGAGAUCGUUCCGAUGAAUCUUGUCGUCUGAUACGGGAAGGAGGGCGUCAUUGCUUGCGCCAGCUUAUUACGGAUGCCUCCUUUACCGCGGAUUCCACCUCUACUCAGGCUUUAAGGAAGCCGAGUUUCUUGUUCGGAGAUCACGUCGAGGACCCUGCUACGCUGACCCUUACCGAGGAACACUGGCUGAAUCUUGAUGAAGGAGCUCUCUUGUACAUUCCCUCCAUUCCUCGCCAAUAUUCUUUCACUCAUUUGAGGGGACAGGCCGUGGGGCGACAGAUGUCCUGGGAUCUUACUAAGGAUGCUGAGCGAGUUCCGUGUGGAUAUACCUCUCAUCACAAGACUCCCGGUUCUAGCGGGUAUCAUGAUAUUCGUGGUCUUCGGCCAGGGAUCGUGGGCCUUGACACCGCACCCCCAUGCGAGGUGUCAGCAGCUGCUCCUACUGUGAGUAAUCGUCUGGCCCUUCUGGGGAGGAGAUUACCUCCACCAGAGCCUAGAUGCUAUGGUUGGGCUUCCUCACUAGCCAAGGGGUGGUUUCAGCAGAAGAGAUGGUAA